AUGCCGAUCGCAUGUGCGAGGAGGUGCUUCUUCGCUUGGAUCCUCUUCUGCCUGGCCGGGGCAGACUCUGAUCUGUGUCUGGUGCAGCUGCAGACUGCCUUGACCUCCUCUGGUGAGCCGGAAGUCGAACCAAUCCCAGGCCCCCCAGUUUGGGAAAACGGCAUCCACUACUUGGCGGUCGCCUACCACAAGAGCGGGGUGGAUCUGAUGAAAGGCUUGCUGCAGGACAUCUUCCACGCCCUUGGUGCCCCGGAUGAAGCCCUUGGGAGGUGGAUUCGCCCGUGCUACCCCUUAAGCUGCGCCAACUUUGCCGCGCCCGCCCGGGUAUUGCUGGACAUGUACACGCCGGCCUUGGAGGCGGAGGAGAGGGCGGCUGCGCCGCAGGGCAUGCGCGUGGCAGGAAGCGUUCGUGACCCCCUGGACAUGGUGGCCUCGGCAUACUGUUACCACGUUCGUGGCCGGGAGAUUCUGAACGUCAUGGCCCUCACCCCGCUUGUGAUGUUCAUGGACGUCCAGGCAGGGGUCGACUUCCUCGCUGGACGGAUGCUGCAGCUGGUGGAGGACAUGGCAGCCGUCUUUGCGGCGCCUGCCAACGACACUCAUCGAGUGGACUACGAGCGCAUGACAGGCUCCUCCGUUGGCUUCGAUGUUGAGCUCGACAAGCUCCUGACCUUCUGGUUCGAGGACCGCCUGACGGACGCCGAGUGGGCCGCAGCGCUCUCUGCGGGUAGGCGGCAAGACCUCCACAGACAUCCGCCAAAAGAUCACCGCGGCCUCCUCCACACCAACAGCCCAGACUGCAUGGCCCAAGCCCGGCUCGCCACACGCUCCAUUCCAGAGGACCUGCGCUCCCGCUAUCAAGCCCUUCGGCGACGCCUGGGAUAUUCGACAGGAUGA